GCGUCUUCCCUCCGGCCCGGCUCCCACCCAGCGCGUCCGAGUCCGCCAUGCUACAAGUCGGAGACGAAUGGACGUUUUUCUCCGCGGCGUUCCUGCUGGCGAUGCUGGGGACCAGGAGCCCCGCCGCAGCCUCCGCCCUCGCCGCCUCCCUCUACGUAUUCGUCGUCCUGUUCCGGUUCCCUCAGGUGCCGGCCGAGCAGGCCGGCCGGGCGCUGCGGCCGAGCGGCUCGUCCGGCGGCGCGCCCGCGGUGGCGCACCGCGCCGGAAGUCACGACGCCCCGGAGAACACCCUCGCCGCCAUCCGAGAGGCCAGUAGGAACGGAGCCAGCGGAGUCGAACUGGACCUGAGUUUCACCGUUGACGGGGUGCCGGUCCUGAUGCAUGACGAGACGGUGGACCGCACCACCAACGGCUCUGGACCCGUCAGCAGGCUGCAACUGACCCAGCUCAAGAGACUUGACGCCUCCUCCCGACACAGGCUCAAGGAGAAAUUCAGCGGUGAGAAGGUCCCGACUCUGCAGGAGGCAGUGGAGGAAUGCGUCAGACAUCAGCUGACCAUCUUCUUUGACGUCAAAGGUCUGCCUGACAAGGCGGCUUCAGCGCUGGCUGAAAUGUACAAGAGGUUUCCCGUCCUUUACAACUCGAGCGUCGUUUGCUCCUUUGAACCCAAGGUCAUCUACAAGAUGCGGCAAGCCGACCCCAAAGUGGUCACCGCUCUCAUCCACCGGCCCUGGAGACUGAGUCGGUUUGACGACGGCACGCCACGAACCCCGUCGUCGUGGAGUCAGUUCUGGAGCAGUGUCCUGGACGUGCUGUUGGACUGGGCCCACCAUAACCUCCUGUGGAACCUGUGUGGCGUCUCCGCCAUCCUCAUGCAGAAAGACUUCAUCUCGCCAGAUUACGUCCAGUACUGGGCGGAGCGAGACGUGGAGGUGGUGGGCUGGACGGUCAACACAGCUGUGGAGAAACGGUACUAUCAGGACCUGCUGAAGAUCAGCUACAUCACCGACAGUCUUCUCGAAGACUGUGACCCCCGUUACUAAACUAUCCAGGGGGCUGGGAUGCAGAAACCCAAACGCGCUAAUAUAGACUCACAGCGGAGUCAAGCUACAUUGGGAUUAUUUAAAACGAUUACGCUUAUUGAGAUUUUCCCAUUCCGCUAGUCACGAAUAUUAGUGGCAGAUUCUGGCUUUGUCAACAGUCCCUCCCAGAAAAAGAAUUGGGCCCCAGCCAACACAAAUAUAUCAGUCUGACGACUGCGGUUGCCUACGAGAUAUUUCUCAACGAAUGUUGACAUAGUUAAACAGUGCCGGUUGCAGGCUGGUGUUUAAGCUUAGGACAUCUGGACAUUGACAUCGUGAAGACAAGGCCAACUCCCCAUAGAUCCUUCAAGAUGCCAAGCACCUAUCAAAGCACUCCUCCCACACUCUACCAAAAAUCCAGACUCACAACCACAAACGAGGACCUGCAGCUGGCACGGUGUAGUUGUAUUCAACAGGCCCGUGCUUUAUAGAUAUCGGUAUACGAUGAUUGGCAUAACAGGCAUAAUAAAAUGAAUCGGCAUAAUGGACACAAACACAAAGCUAGCUAGAAUGUAGGUCACAGAUUAGCUUUGGUAUUUCUAUUUAAACUCGCAUAGCCAUUGAGGUUCUAGGUCUUCACACUACCGUUACCAGCAACCGUUCCCAUGCAUCGGGGUUUAUGAAUCGGAUUACACCGUCUUAAAGAUCUUUUGUACCCUCUGUGCGGAGGCUCCUGAAAGGGACAUCACAUAUAAGAGGUCUGUCAACACAACUCAUGUCCUUGGUAUGACUAUUUACCAUCCCGCUCAAUCACAAAUCUUAUUGAUGGAUCAAACAAAGUACUGUAAAUACCAAGUAAAAUAAAGAUGUUCCCCAACCAGCUUG